CCGUAGUCACUCCUAGGAGCCCAACAAACACCAUUGAGGGAGAAAAUAUCUCAAGGGUGGGUUGACCUGGGAUAUUUGUUAACUGGAAGACACUGAGGCAUACUGAUUCUUCUUCUCUCUCUCUCUCUCUCUCUCUCUCUCUCUCUCUCUCUCUCUCUCUCUCUCUCUCUCUCUCUCUCUCUGUCUCUCUCUUAAUCGUCUUGGAUUAGUUAUUCUUUUCUGGUGAUCUAGAAACAGAUAGAGACAGUAUACCAUGUCGGAGCACAGCAGAAAUUCAGACCAAGAAGACACCCUUAGUGAGGAGCUUAAUGAAGACGAGAUCUUGGCCAACUUGUCCCCUGAAGAGCUGAAGGAACUGCAGUCGGAGAUGGAAGUCAUGGCCCCUGACCCCCACCUCCCUGUGGGGAUGAUCCAAAAGGAUCAAACCAAGAAGGCACCUACAGGAAACUUCGACCACAAAUCUCUCGUCGAUUACAUGUACCUGCAAAAGGCAUCUAGACGCAUGGUGGAAGAUGAACGAGUUCCUGUCAGUUUUGUGCAGUCCGAGGAAAACACUCAAAAACAGCAUGAAGUAGGAGACAAAGGUGUUAAGAACAUGCCCCAGUUUUUAAAAGAAAAGCUCAAUAGUGAAAUAGUUGCAAAUAAAAGAGAAUCCAAUGGGAGCAACAAUAUACAAGAAACAGAAGAUGAAGAGGAUGAUGAAGAUGAAGAGGAUGAUGAAGAUGAAGAAGAAGAUGAAGAUGAUGAAGAUGAAGAUGAAGAUGAAAAAGCCAGAAGAGAAAAAACGGAACAAAUCCAAAACAGUUCAGGCGCCUGUCAGCAGCCAACACUGAAAGCACUGGAAGAACAAAAAGACAGACCAGAGACCAAAGAAAAAACUGAGAAGAAAAUAACCAAAUUAGACCCUAAAAAGUUAGCUCUAGAUACCAGUUUUCUGAAGGUAAGCGCAAGGCCUUCAGGGAAUCAGACAGACCUAGAUGGAAGCUUGAGACGCGUGAGGCAGAACGACCCUGACAUGAAGGAACUCAACCUGAACAACAUUGAAAACAUCCCUAAAGAAAUGUUACUGGACUUCGUCAAUGCGAUGAAGAAGAACAAACACAUCAAAAGCUUUAGUUUGGCCAACGUUGGUGCUGAUGAGAGUGUAGCAUUCGCCUUGGCCAACAUGUUGCGCGAAAACAGAAGCAUUACCACACUUAACAUCGAGUCCAACUUCAUCACGGGGAAGGGCAUCGUGGCCAUCAUGAGGUGCCUCCAGUUUAAUGAGACUCUAACCGAACUUCGUUUUCACAACCAGAGGCAUAUGCUGGGCCACCACGCCGAAAUGGAAAUCUCAAGGCUUCUAAAGGCCAACAACACUCUGCUGAAGAUGGGCUACCAUUUCGAGCUUCCGGGUCCCAGAAUGGUGGUAACGAAUCUGCUUACCAGGAAUCAGGAUAAACGGAGGCAGAAAAGACAAGAGGAGCAGCAGCAGCAGCAACUUAAAGAGCAGAGAAAGCUGAUAGCUAUGCUGGAGAAUGGGUUGGGGCUGCCCCCUGGGAUGUGGGAGAGGUUGGGAGGACCCAUGCCGGAUCCCAGAAUGCAGGAGUUCUUUCAGCCCUCAUCCGGACGGCCUCUCACUGCUCAGGAAGUCCCCUUUGGUGGAAGAAAGGAAAUGAUCAAAAAUCCACCCCAAUCUCCACAGUACAAGACCGACCCUGACUCCUUCAGAGUGGUGAAGCUGAAGAGAAUUCAGCGCAAAUCUCGAAUGCCGGAAGCCAGAGAGGCACAGGAGAAAACCAACCUCAAAGAUGUAAUCAAAACGCUCAAGCCAGUACCGAGAAAUAGGCCACCCCCGCUGGUGGAAAUCACUCCCAGAGACCAACUCCUGAAUGACAUCCGUCACAGCAAUGUCGCCUAUCUAAAACCGGUACAGCUGCCAAAGGAACUGGCGUAAGAAGCAGCAGUGUCGUCUAGAACAAGAUCUGGGCGGGAGGCUGUUUCACUAACAGUGUGGGUGACAGAACCGGGAAUGUGGCUCCAUACAGGCUGGGGAUUGUUUGGACCAGGACAAGACAGAAGGGGAAGGAUACAAAGUAUCAACGUUCACAGGCAAUAUGUUCCAGUUCUAAGGGUUUGACUGACUGACUUGGGUGAAAAUUGUAGAGUGAUGCUUCUAGAAGCCGAAGUUAAAAUUUUUCGUAAACACUCACUUUACUAUUACUUCUUCCGGUAAAUAACAAUCAAUCUGACAAAAGUGUUAACUGCUGAUUAUACCCCCACUCCCAUUUCUCUCUCCUUCCAUCUCUGUUGUCUUCCACUGCAUGGCAUCUGAAAGGGAAUAAAUCAUGUUGAAAGCUCUGAGAAUGGAAAGGGUGAAGUGAGUGCCUGGGCCUUCCACAGCUUUGGAAUAAAGAAUCGUUUGCUAGCUCCCUGGAGAACCAGGGAAAGCCUCC